AACUAUAUAAACCGACUCCCGCUAUAUUUCUUCAAUAUUUCUCGUUAACAUUUUUUCAAUACCUUCUUCUAUUUUCCUUUUCUCUCUUUUUUUCAAUUCCUCCCCUAAUGGAUUCUCCUUCUCGUUCCUCCGUCAUCGUUAUCGGCGCCGGUGUUUCCGGUUUGUCGGCGGCGAAGGUUUUGGUGGACAAUGGAGUAGAUGACUUUGUGAUUUUGGAGGCUUCUGACCGUAUUGGAGGAAGAGUUUGUAAGGAGAAUUUUGGAGGUGUAUCGGUGGAACUUGGAGCGGGGUGGAUUGUUGGAGUCGGUGGUAAAGAGCCGAAUCCGGUUUGGGAACUUGCUCUCAAAUCUAGUCUCCGUACUUGCUUCUCUGAUUACAGCAAUGCUCGUUAUAAUAUCUAUGAUCGAAGUGGGAAAAUUUUUCCGAGUGGAGUUGCGGCCGACUCGUACAAGAAGGCGGUGGACUCGGCGAUUCAGAAGCUGAGGAACCAAGGGGAGGAUGCGGAUGAUUUAUCCAUUGUAUCAGAGCCACUUUGUACGCCAAAGACUCCCAUGGAACUCGCUAUCGACUUUAUACUCCAUGAUUUUGAGAUGCCAGAGGUUGAGCCUAUAUCGACGUAUUUGGAUUUUGGAGAGAGGGAAUUUUUGGUUGCAGAUGAAAGAGGGUAUGAGUGUUUGCUAUACAAAAUGGCUGAAGACUUUCUUUUUACCUCAGAAGGAAAAAUCUUGGACAGUCGUCUCAAACUCAACAAGGUUGUUCGGGAAAUACAACACUCGAGAAACGGGGUUACUGUAACAACGGAGGAUGGAUGUAUCUAUGAAGCCAAUUAUGUGGUUUUGUCCGUUAGCAUUGGUGUACUCCAAAGCGACCUCAUUUCUUUCACUCCACCUUUACCCAGGUGGAAAACAGAGGCUAUAGAGAAAUGUGACGUGAUGGUGUAUACAAAGAUUUUCCUCAAGUUCCCAUAUAAGUUCUGGCCGUGCGGACCCGGAAAAGAAUUCUUUAUUUACGCCCAUGAAAGAAGGGGCUAUUACACGUUUUGGCAGAACAUGGAGAACGCCUAUCCUGGGUCCAAUAUCCUGGUGGUGACCGUUACAAAUGGAGAAUCGAAAAGAGUCGAAGCUCAAUCUGAUGAAGAGACAAUGAAAGAAUCCAUGGAAGUGCUUAGGGAUAUGUUUGGACCAGAUAUCCCUGAUGCUACUGACAUACUCGUUCCUCGCUGGUGGAGUAACAGGUUUCAACGUGGUAGCUACAGUAACUACCCCAUCAUCUCCGAUUGCCAAGUUGUUCAAAACAUUAAGGAACCCAUUGGACGCAUCUACUUCACUGGAGAACACACAAGCGAAAGAUUUAAUGGCUAUGUACAUGGUGGAUAUCUUGCAGGCAUAGACACAAGCAAUGCUUUGUUGGAAGAAAUGAGGAAAGAUAAGGAGAGAAAAAGUGAUGGCCAAUCAUUCUUGUUAGAACCCUUAUUAGCUCUAACAGGAUCAUUGUCUUUGUCACAAACAGAGGCUGUCUCAGGCCUUCACAAAUGUGAUCUUCCAACACAAUUGUACCUUAACGGCAAGCUCGGUAUCCAAGAAGCGAUUUUAUGACUACAUGGACGACAUGCUGAUGAACAUAGAUCUAAUUUGAAAGAUGAUGAAGAAAGCCAAGUGGGAGUGGGUGGAAGGGAUGAUGAGAAGAUGAAUUUGAUUCCGAACUCGAUUCGAGAUCCGACAACAUCGACGAAGAAGAACGCAUGAAAGUAAACGGAAGCAGGAAGCAGGAAGCAGGGAGAUAGAGUAAAAAAAAUAAAAAUAAAGUUAAAAGAGAUGAAGAUGUUCAUAGAAAUCAAGGUCAGCCCACUUUGUCUAAUCGUUGGAAGGAUUCACUAUUAAUCUGGGACUUUAGUUCUAGAAAUUAAUUUGUUGAUGAAAAAGGUUCUUAGAGGAAUUGGUGGGGGGAAAUAUAUUGGAUAUUCUAAUUGUAUUGUUACUGAUCUUUUAAUACAAGAAAGAAGUUGAUCUAUCACUUUUUAACGGUGUUUACACUUUU